GGUUUGUGCCCCGUCUGCAACCAACCUGACUCCAUCCAUCACCGUCUGUACAAGUGUGAGGGGUCGGCCGAGAUUAAGAAUGCCCGCGAGGCCGUGCAGGCCACUGAUUUUUUCUUCCAGCAGGCACGGGAAGGUGCUCAGGAGUUCUUCACAGGACUCAAGUUUCGGCACCCGUCUACCUCGUGGCCUCAGCCGAGCGACGAGCAUGAGCCUGCCUUGUUCGAUGCUGAGGGCGCCCCCAUGGACUGGGGCGCCUUCAACACAGAGGGCCUGAGCGUGUCAGGCGAUGGCUCGUGUGUCCCGCACAUGAUAAAGGAGCUCUCCAGGGCCUCAUAUGCGUGGGUCUUCAUGGGGGCCGAUGGGCAGCCG